UUGCAGCGGCCAGCGCGCCGGAACCUGGUCUUUGCAGCUUUGAACACUGGAAGAAUGAGGUCCUUUUGGACCCCUUUGGGGCCCCCUGUGAGCCAGGACCGCAUCAUCACCAGCUUCCCAAAGUGGUACACACCGGAUGCCUGCCUGCAGCUCAAAGAGCACUUCCAUAGCAAAGUCAACGCAGCCUGCCAGCACAGGAACACAGGCACUGCUGGGCUCAGACUCUCCAAGGUGGUGGUAGUUGGCGAUCUCUAUGUGGGAAAGACUAGCCUCAUUCACAGGUUGUGCAAGAAUGUUUUCGACCGUGAUUACAAGGCCACCAUCGGCGUAGACUUUGAAAUCGAGCGCUUUGAGAUCGCAGGGGUUCCCUACAGCCUCCAGAUCUGGGACACAGCCGGGCAGGAGAAGUUCAAGUGUAUCGCAUCUGCCUACUACCGCGGUGCCCAGGUGAUCAUCACAGCCUUUGACCUCACCGAUGUGCAGACUCUGGAGCAUACCAGGCAGUGGCUGGAGGAUGUCCUGAGGGAGAAUGAGGCAGGCUCUUGCUUUAUCUUCCUCGUGGGGACCAAGAAGGAUCUCCUGUCAGGGGCAGCAUGCGAGCAAGCCGAAGCAGAGGCUGUGCAUCUGGCCAAUGAGAUGCAGGCAGAGUACUGGUCUGUGUCGGCCAAGACGGGAGAGAACGUGAAGGCAUUCUUCAGCCGUGUUGCCGCCCUAGCCUUUGAACAGUCUGUACUUCAGGACCUAGAGAAGAGGCCCAGCAGCCAGUCCCAGGUCGGAGAUGGAGAUGGAGACCUAAUACGAAUAGAGGUACCCAAGACCCAGGAGAGCAAGAGGCCCCCUGGCCUGGGCUGCUGUUAACUGAGGCCAGAAUCAGAGCCAUCUACACCCGUUGUAUGUACAGGGUGACAUGGAGCCCAAGAUCUACAGAGGAUAGACCUUCAAGCUGGAGAAGCCCUGUCUCUUCAGAGCCCAGCCAUUUCUCUUUAGCCAGUGGCUGAUGAAGACCCAUACUGCCCGGCUGGUUGAUGGGCACCAGGGUGAGCCUUCUCUAUAGGGUCUUCAGAUGCUCACUGUCUUCUUAAAAGGCUUCAAGACUGCAAACUCGGGACACCUCAGGGCUAGCCCACAUCCCUUACCCAAUCAUACCAAUAGCUGCGGAGCCCUUUCCUACAGAUCCUCAGGGAUCUCUGAACCCUCAUCAACAUGUUCCAAACACCGGGACUUGCUGGAAUAGGCGAGUGAAACUAACCUGCCACGCCACACAGAGCUCUCUCUCAUCAAGAAGACAUUGAGUCCUAGGCCUUCAGCCUCAGACCUAGCUCUCCCAGGACUCUGGGGCUCCAUCCACUGUUAAACACAAUGGACAAAGUCCAUUUGGCCCCCUGGCAGAGUCCCGCCCCCAUCUCUGAGAUUCCCAAUGGUUCUGCCCUGAGUAUUAGUGGGUGAGAAGGUAGACCUUUGGCUCAUCACUGUGACCAUCCUGAGGGAUGGCGAUUGCAUGGGUGACCUUUGGAUCCUCACGAGAGGAGUCACUGUGACCAUCCAGAGAGAUGACAAUGCAUGGUGUCCCUCUGGCAACUCAUUCCACAUUCCCUGAGCCUGAUACUGUCCUGUGUUUUCACCUAUGCCCAUCCCUGCUAGCCUACCAUGUGUCUGUCCAACUGGCCUGUGUGUCUCAUGGGACUUAGGCAUUGGGCCACAUAUCUCUGGAGGACUUGGGACAUCCAGAAUCUAGCAUGCCUAAUCCCUUUCCGCACAUCAGCAGGGACACCGCAUCCUACAUGAGUCCAGGGUUACCCCUGACCCGCCACCGUAUUCCUAUAGCUCUGGGUCCAGACCCACACACCCCUGUCUUUCUCCUGCCAUAAGAGGGUGGGCACACUCAGCAUUCUUAGCUGCUGUACCCCCAAGACAGGGUCUCCUGUAGUUCAUGCCGGCUUCCAACUCUCUAUGUAGCUGAGGCUUACGCUGGGUUUUAUUUACCCUCCAUUCCAAAUACUGGAAUUAGAGAAAUGUACCACCAUACCCAGCAGCGCCUACCUCUCAGGAUGGUAAACAUCUGUAGGCAGCCAUGUUGGUCCAUGCCCUUUUCUAAGUGCCUGGUAUACCACACCUCUCCAUGACUGUUCAUUGACUCAGCAGUGGCCAACCGUCCGAGAGCACCGACCUAUCUUCCUGUUCGAUAGCAACGUUCCUUAGCCUUAGUUCAGUGAGCCUCUCCCUCCCCACUGGCCACCCCAUUUGAAACAGUGUGUCACCAUGCAUACUAGGCUGGACUUGAGCUCGCACCAGCCCCCUGCCUCCAUCUCCUAAGUGCCGGGGUUACAGACACAAAGCUCACACUUGGCUCCAGGCCUUUUAUUCUAAAAAGUAUAUAAAACAUCUCUUUAAAGGA